AUGUCUAAUUUUCCUUACGACCCUGCCGAAUUUCGCUCUUGGGAUGCUGACUUUGUGAAUCUUUUGAACCAUUGCCAACAGAAUGGUACAAAUUCUACCGCUUCCCCCCUACUUACCGCUGCUCGUUUAAGUACACCUACAGUUGGUGAAAUUGACCGUACGAUGUAUAGUCAAUUACAUUACGAUCCUGCUGAACUAUGUACGCCCUCAGUUGUCGCGGCUUAUGUCAGUACACCCACUAUUACGCCUUCCUUAACAGCUUCAACUAGUACGCUAUCCUCCACUGCUAGCUAUUCUAAUGACUUGAGUAAUAGCCACUCACCCUACAAUUUAUUGCCUCAAUAUAUUGAUCCUCAACAAUUAAAGAAUCUCACUCCACCACGGCAAGAAUAUCAGCAACAAAUGAUGCCUCAAUUUGUCAGCCAUUUGGGAUUCGUAGAACAACAGCAACAACAGAACCAUCAAGAUUAUCAACAUCAGAUGGUAUCUCGAAUGCUUGAUCGUGUCGAAUAUUUUCAACAGCAACAACAGCAAGAGUACGAGCAACAUGCUGUUCCCCAAAUGUCCACUCCUGCAGGGCAUUCACAACUUAAACGGCUGGAAUACCAGCAACAAGUAACGUCUCAAUUUUUAUUCCCUGCGGGAGAUAUACAACGUCAGCAACCACAAGAGUUUCAGCAACAACUGACCGAUCCUGUGGAAGUUCUGCAACAGCUUCAGCAAAUGCAUCAACAUCAACAACAUCAACAGCAACAGCAGCAGCAGCAGCAGCAGCAGCAGCAGCAGACCUCUGUUAUUUAUAGCUCAUCAUCAAAUUACCAAGCGCAAGUCUCCUCUUCUUUUAAUAAUGUUGUUACGAAUCCUGUUUAUCAUCCUGCUCCUCACCCUGCUCCUUCGACAAGUGCGAGCUCUUCUUCGACUGCUAGCAAUGAUAAUGGUCAGCAAGUCUAUGUUCGUAAGGCUUGUGUCUCUUGUAAGGCUUCGCAUGUAGCUUGUGAUGUUGCACGCCCCUGCUCAAGAUGUACUCGAUUGAAAAAGGGAGAAACAUGCGUUGACGCUGUCCGCAAAAAACGUGGUCGGCCAAGUAAGAAAAAGGACAAUGAUAAUGCCAAAGUUGAAUCAAGCAGUAAAGAUCAUGCGCAUCCCCCAGCUGGUCCAUCGCCGCCUAACUUUGGUCAAGGGAUUUACUUCCCUGUUCAAGGAUUUUAA